GAGCCGAGGACUUUGUCCCGAGGCUCGGCCUCUUCCCGGAUCCCUUUUCCUCAUUGAGCUUCCAAGAAUGUGUAACUCGGGGCGCUCGGGCGUGCGGUCUCUGAGGGCAUCUGCCGGUUUAUCAAAUACCCCACUACGUUUGCGUAGCUGUUCCUGCGUCCGGUGGAUGGGUACCUCGCUCAUGGAGGAAACAGACCCCAAAGCGUUCGCAGCCUCCACGGGCGCCUGGAUCAGGGGGCCGGGCACCUGGGGAUCCCGCUUCUCCGCACACGCUUGCAAGCACUUUGGAAGGCUGAUCGUAUUUGUAAAUGCGCUGUCAGUUGUGUAGGGGUCUGGCGGUCGUCUGUGACUGGGUCGUCAGGGCGAUGGCAUUUGCGCGGACCUUGGAGGGCAUUCGAGGUUGCAAGAAUAAUAAUAGCUAACAUUUGUGUGCGUAUCAUGGCCAGCAGUGUUCGAAGUACGUGAAUUAACUCAGUCCCGGGAACAACCCUAUCAAACUGAUCCUUUUAAUAUCCUUACUUUACAGAUGGGGAAAUGAGGCAUAGAAAGAUGACAUAGUUUGCCCGAAGUCACGACCACUACCAAAGAACUACCGUGUAUAGUACGUGAUGAAGCCAGAAUUUGAACCUGGAGGGUCUGGCUCCACAACCUGCUCUAAAACCAUUGUACCUUGGCACCCAGUAGAAACAUCCAGGCUAUGCUAGAAUUAUACAUAAUUGAGUUUGACUAAAUUAAGAUAACAGAAAACAAGGCCAGAAAAAUACUGUGGGACCACUGAAGACAAUUUUGAGAGCUAAGUUAAGGAUCAUCUACCCUUUGGUGCAGAUAAAAAAGCAAGUAGCAAUUGGACAGAGUAACCUUAACACCACAGCUGAUUAGCGUACAGUAGAACAUUUCACUGAGAAGACCACCAGAGAGGUAUUUACCAUAAAGAUGGUGUUCCAGUUUUUUGGGAGAAGAAUGGCGUUGAAACAGAUUUCCAGCAACAAGUGCUUUGGGGGAUUGCAGAAAGUUUUUGAACAUGACAGUGUUGAACUGAAAUGCAAAAUGAAAUUUGCUAUCUAUUUACCACCGAAGGCAGAAACUGGAAAAUGCCCUGCACUAUACUGGCUGUCUGGUUUAACUUGCACAGAACAAAAUUUUAUAUCAAAAUCUGGUUAUCAUCAAGCUGCCUCGGAACAUGGCCUUGUCGUCAUUGCUCCAGAUACCAGCCCUCGUGGCUGCAAUAUUAAAGGAGAGGAUGAGACCUGGGACUUCGGCACUGGGGCUGGAUUUUAUGUGGAUGCUACUGAAGAUCCUUGGAAAACUAACUACAGAAUGUACUCGUAUGUGACGGAGGAGCUUCCACAACUCAUCAAUACCAAUUUUCCAGUGGAUCCCCAAAGGAUGUCUAUUUUUGGCCACUCCAUGGGGGGCCAUGGAGCUCUGAUUUGUGCUUUGAAGAAUCCUGGAAAAUACAAAUCUGUGUCAGCCUUUGCUCCAAUUUGCAACCCAGUGCUCUGUCCUUGGGGCAAAAAAGCCUUUACUGGAUAUUUGGGAACAGAUCAAAGUAAAUGGGAGGCUUAUGAUGCUACCCAUCUUGUGAAGGCCUGCCCAGGUACUCAGCUGGAUAUACUAAUUGAUCAAGGAAAAGAUGACCAGUUCCUUUCAGAUGGACAGCUACUACCUGAUAACUUCAUAGCUGCCUGUACAGAAAAGAAAAUCCCUGUUGUUUUCAGAUUACAAGAGGGUUAUGAUCAUAGCUACUACUUCAUUGCAACCUUUAUUACCGAUCACAUCAGACAUCAUGCAAAAUACCUGAAUGCUUGAAAAGCUUCGGAUAAGAGAAUCUCUUCAGGAUGAUAAAACUGUAAUAGACUGGCAAGGAAAAAAGAUUUUAAAACAUUGGAUUUUGUAGUGCCAAAAAUGCUUCAUUCUGUAGUUGAAUCACCCUCUAAAUAAAUAUAUCAAACCUG